UGCCCCCUUGCUGCCCUCCUGGCAUCGCCCCGGCGCCACCUGUGAUGCUGGAGAAACAAGGAUGCGCGCAUAAGGCGCCUUUGGAGCCCAAAGGAAAAAGGAGGCUGCCCAGGUCCUUGCAUGAAGAACCGUCUCUGACGCAGGCAUCCUGCGAGGGGGAAUCGGACGCCUUGGCGGCGUGAUGUUUUAGGAGCCGCAGGACCAGGCCGACGUUUUAUGCAGACGUUGGCCCCGGGUCGAAAUCACCAUGAGUAGCACCCUCUCGCCCACCGACUAUGACAGCCUGGAGAUCCAGCAGCAAUACAACGACAUUAACAACCGCUGGGAAGUGGCCGACGAAGACUGGGAUAAUGAGAACAGCUCGGCCCGGCUUUUUGAGCGUUCCCGCAUCAAGGCCUUGGCAGACAUGGAGCAAAGCGGUCCCACACCACCCCCUGAACUCUCGCCCGCAGCCUACAUCAACGCCGUGCAAUAUGCCAACGUGUUGGAGGGCAGGUUCAAGCAGCUUCAAGAUGAGCGAGAAGCUGUGCAGAAGAAAACCUUCACCAAAUGGGUGAACUCGCACCUGGCCCGCGUCACCUGCCGCAUCAGCGACCUGUACAGCGACUUGCGGGACGGACGCAUGCUUCUCCGCCUUUUGGAGGUUCUUUCAGGAGAGCAACUGCCCAAGCCAACCAAGGGCCGAAUGCGCAUCCAUUGCCUGGAAAAUGUGGACAAAGCCCUCCAGUUCCUAAAAGAGCAACGCGUCCAUUUGGAGAACAUGGGCUCUCACGACAUUGUCGAUGGCAACCACCGCCUCACCUUGGGCCUCAUCUGGACCAUCAUUCUCCGCUUCCAGAUCCAGGAUAUCAGUGUGGAGACGGAAGAUAACAAGGAGAAGAAGUCAGCUAAGGAUGCCUUACUACUCUGGUGUCAAAUGAAAACGGCAGGGUAUCCAAAUGUGAAUGUACACAACUUCACCACCAGCUGGAGGGACGGUCUAGCUUUCAAUGCCAUCGUCCACAAACACAGGCCGGACUUGAUAGACAUCGACACCUUGAAGAAAUGCAACGCACACUACAACCUCCAGAAUGCCUUCAAUGUUGCUGAAAAGGAGCUGGGCCUCACCAAGCUCUUGGACCCAGAAGAUGUGAACGUGGACCAGCCAGACGAGAAGUCCAUCAUCACCUAUGUGGCCACCUACUACCAUUACUUCUCCAAGAUGAAAGCCUUAGCCGUGGAAGGGAAACGGAUUGGGAAGGUGCUGGACCAUGCUAUUGAAGCAGACAAGCUGAUAGAGAAGUAUGAGACCCUUGCCUCUGACCUGCUCCAGUGGAUCGAGCAGACCAUCUUGACCCUGAAUGACCGCAAGCUGGCCAACUGCCUUAGCGGGGUGCAGAACCAACUGCAGGCUUUCAAUACCUACCGCACUGUGGAGAAACCCCCCAAGUUCACAGAGAAAGGGAAUCUCGAAGUUCUGCUGUUCACCAUCCAGAGUAAGAUGCGAGCUAAUAACCAGAAGGUUUACACACCGCGAGAAGGAAGGCUGAUCUCUGACAUCAACAAGGGCUGGGAGCGUCUGGAGAAAGCAGAGCAUGAGCGAGAGCUGGCCCUGCGCAAUGAGUUGAUUCGGCAGGAGAAGCUGGAGCAACUGGCAGCCCGGUUUGACCGAAAAGCGGCCAUGAGGGAGACCUGGCUGAGCGAGAACCAACGCCUUGUUUCCCAGGAUAAUUUUGGGGCAGAUAUUUCGGCGGUGGAGGCAGCAGUACGAAAGCACGAAGCCAUCGAGACGGACAUCGUAGCCUACAGCGAGCGCGUGGCCGCCGUGAACGCGGUGGCGGCUGAGCUGGAGACGGAGGGCUAUCAUGACAUCAAGCGGGUGCUGGCGCGCAAGAACAAUGUGGCGAGGCUGUGGGACUACCUGCGGGAGCUGGUGGCGGCCCGCCGCGAGCGCCUGAUGCUCCAUUUUGAGCUGCAAAAGAUGUUCCAGGACUUGGCCUACCUCAUGGAUUGGCUGGAGGAGAUGAAGGGCCGACUCCAGUCUCAGGACUUUGGAAAACAUUUGCAUGGCGUGGAGGACCUGCUGCAGAUCCAUUCUCUGGUGGAGGCCGACAUUGCUGUCCAGGCCGAACGAGUGAAAGCCAUCAGUUCAGCUGCUCAGCGCUUUGCUGCUUCUGGAGAAGGAUACAAGCCCUGUGACCCUCACCUUGUCCAAGAGCGUCUAUCCACCUUGGACCGGUGCUAUCGGGAGCUAGUGGCCCUGGCAGCCCAGCGGCGGGCCAAACUGGAGGAGUCACGCCGCCUCUGGAAGUUUUUCUGGGACAUGGGGGAGGAGGAGGCCUGGAUCCGGGAGCAGAGCCAAAUCCUUUCAUCGGACGACUUUGGCAAGGACUUGACCAGUGCCCUCCGCCUCACCAGCAAGCACAAUGCCUUCCGCGAUGAAAUGAGUGGCCGUGCUGGUCCAUUGCAGCAGAGUAUCUCCGAAGGACGCCAGCUGGUUGCCGAGGGCCACUUUGGGGCCACCGAGGUGGCUGAACGGAUACGGGAAAUUGAGGAGCAAUGGGAGCAGCUGGAAGCGCUUUCGAGCGAACGAGAGCAGCGUCUCCUCCAGGCUUCCAGCUUCUACCAGUUCCAGGCUGAUGCCAACGACAUGGAGGCCUGGUUGCUGGACGCCCUUCGCUUAGUAUCCAGCUCUGACGUUGGCCAUGAUGAAUAUUCUACCCAGAGCCUGAUGAAGAAGCACAAGGAGGUGGAAGAGGAGAUUCACAACCACCGGCCAGCCCUGGACACCUUGCAUGAGCAAGCCCAAAGCUUGCCACCUGCUUUUGCCCACUCUCCUGAGGUAGACGGGCGCCUACCUGCACUGGAGCAGCGUUACGAGGAGUUAGUGACGCUGGCAGAGCAUCGCAAGCAGGCAUUGCAGGAUGCCCUCAAUCUCUACAAGAUGUUCAGUGAGGCCGAUGCUUGUGGGCUCUGGAUCGGCGAGCGAGAGUACUGGAUCGAAACCAUGGAUGUUCCGGAGAAGCUGGAAGACCUUGAAGUGGUUCAGCAGAGGUUUGACACACUGGAGCCGGAGAUGAAUAACUUGGCCUCUCGCAUUGCUGCCGUAAAUGAGAUUGCAAGCCAGCUUUUGGGCACCGACCACAGGAACAAGAACAGCAUUCAGACUACUCAAGAGCAGCUCAAUACCAGGUGGCAGCAGUUCCAAGCCCUGGCCAGCCGGAAGAAAGAGGCCUUGACGUCCGCACUCAGCAUCCAAAACUAUUACCUGGAGUGCAAUGAGACCAAGGCUUGGAUGCGGGAGAAAACCAAAGUGAUUGAGUCCACCCAAGGCUUGGGCAAUGAUUUGGCCGGAGUGAUGGCAUUGCAGCGGAAGCUGGCUGGCAUGGAGCGGGACCUGGAGGCCAUCCAGGGCAAAGUGCAGGACCUGCGGGAGGAAGCAGCCCGUCUGGCGGAACACCACCCCGAGCAGGCCAGCGCCAUUUCAGACCGCUUGUCUGAAAUCGACAGGACCUGGGAUGAGUUGAAGGAGACCAUGCGGCACCGGGAAGAGUCCCUGGGAGAAGCCAGCAAACUCCAGGGCUUCCUGCGUGACCUGGAUGACUUCCAAGCCUGGCUCUUGCGCACCCAGACCGCCAUUGCCUCGGAAGAUGUGCCAGCUACUCUGGCGGAAGCCGAGCGCCUCUUGAGCCAGCAUGAGACCAUCCGGAACGAAGUGGAACACUACAAGGGCGACUACCGGCGCCUGAGGGCCAUGGGGGAGGAGGUGACGCAAGGCCACACGGAUGCCCAGCAUAUGUUUCUGCAACAACGUCUCCAAGCCCUUGACACCGGCUGGAACGAACUUGGCCAAAUGUGGGAGAACCGCCACCAGUUGCUGUCGCAGGCUUACAGCUUCCAGAUCUUCCUGAGGGACACCAAGCAGGUGGAAGGGGUGCUCAGCAACCAGGAAUAUGUGCUAACUCACACCAGCAUGCCCAGCUCCCUCCAAGCCGCCGAGGCUGCCAUCAAAAAGCAUGAGGACUUCAUGACCACCAUGGAGGCCAACGGGGAGAAGAUCAAGGGGCUGGUGGACUCUGGGCGGAAGCUGAUCUUGGAGGACAGCCUCCAUUCUGACAAGAUCCAGGAGAAGGUCAAUUCCAUCGACAGUCGGCACCGGAAAAACCAGGAUGCAGCUCAAGACCUCCUGGCUCGGCUCCGUGACAAUCGGGAACUCCAGCACUUCUUGCAAGAUUGCCAAGAGCUCACCCUGUGGAUCAAUGAGAAGAUGCUCUCCGCUCAGGACAUGUCCUACGACGAAGCACGAAACCUCCACACCAAGUGGCAGAAGCACCAGGCUUUUAUGGCAGAGCUGGCUUCCAACAAGGGCUGGCUGGAGAAGAUCCAGAAGGAAGGGGAGCAACUGGUUGCCGAAAAGCCAGAGCUGGAACCAGUGGUGCAAGAGAAGCUGGAAGGGCUGCAAAAGUCCUGGGAAGAGCUAGAAUCCAGCACCCAGAGCAAAGCGCAGUGCCUCUUCGAUGCCAACCGGGCCGAACUCUUCACACAGAGCUGUUCUGCCCUGGAGGCUUGGCUGAGUGGCCUACAGACCCAGCUCCACUCCGAUGACUAUGGCAAGGACUUGACCAGUGUCAACAUUUUGCUCAAGAAGCAGCAGAUGCUGGAGAACCAGAUGGACGUCCGGGAGAAGGAGGUAGAAGGCCUGAAGUCCCAGGCCUUGGCUCUCACCCAGGAGGACUCCAACACGGUGGAGGUGGAUGGCAAACUGCGGGCGGUGGAGGACAAGUUUGUGGAGCUACGGGCACCUUUGCGGGAGCGCUGUGAAAAGCUGCUGGCCUCCAAAGAGGAGCACCAGUUCAACCGCGACCUAGAGGACGAAAUCUUGUGGGUGAAGGAACGGAUUCCAAUGGCUGUCUCCACUGAUCAUGGCAAAGAUCUUCCCACAGUCCAGCUGCUGAUCAAGAAAAACCAGACCCUCCAGAAGGAGAUCCAGGGCCAUCAGCCGCGCAUCAACGACAUCCUAGCAAGGUGGCAGGGGCUGGCGAUCAGUGGCCUGGAGGCAGAGCUCCAGGGACAUGUGGAGGCAUUGCAGGAGAUGUGGCAAGAGCUGCAGAACCAAGUGGAGCAGCGGCACGGGCGGCUGGAGCAAGCCCAGAUGGCCCAGCAGUUCUACUUUGAUGCUGCGGAGGCCGAGGCUUGGAUGGGGGAACAGGAGCUUCACAUGAUAUCAGAGGAGAAGGCUAAGGAUGAACUCAUUGCCCAAGCCAUGGUGAAGAAGCAUCUGGUGAUGGAACAGGCCCUGGAGGACUAUGCACAGACCAUCCAUCAGCUUUCCCUCCAGAGCCGUGACAUGGUAAACAAUGGGCACCCCGAGAGCGAGCGGAUCAACCUCCGGCAGGGCCAAGUGGACAAGCUCUACGCCAGCCUGAAGGACUUGGCCGAGGAGCGCCGUGCCAAGUUACAGGAGCAGCUCCGGCUCUGCCAACUAAAGCGGGAGGUGGAUGACCUGGAGCAGUGGAUUUCCGAAAGGGAGGUGGUGGCCGCCUCUCACGAACUUGGGCAGGACUAUGAACAUGUCACGAUGCUCCGGGACAAAUUCAGGGAGUUUUCGCGUGACACAAGCACCAUCGGCCAGGAGCGGGUAGACAGCGUCAACCGGCUAGCGGACGACAUGAUCUCCGCAGGCCACUCUGAGAACGCCACCAUCGCUGAGUGGAAAGACAGCCUGAAUGAGGCCUGGGCAGACCUCCUGGAACUCAUUGACACCAGGAGUCAAAUGCUGGCCGCUUCCUACGAGUUGCAUCGCUUCUACCAUGACGCCCGCGAGACUCUCAGCCAAGUCCAGAACAAGCAGAAGCAGCUUCCCGACGAAGUGGGACGGGACCUGAACACGGCUGAGGCCAUGCAACGGAUGCACAGUGCUUACGAACAUGACAUCCAGGCCCUGAGCGCCCAGGUGAAGCAGGUGCAGGAUGAUGCUGCCCGGCUGCAGAAAGCCUAUGCUGGAGAGAAGGCAGACGAUAUCCGGAGGCAUGAGCAAUCCGUGAGCGAAGCAUGGUCCGACCUACUCAGCAGCAGCAGCGGCCGCCGACACCUCCUCAUGGACACUGUUGACAAGUUCCGUUUCUUCCGCAUGGUGCGCGACCUCCUCCUUUGGAUGGAUGACGUCAACCUCCAGAUAGACGCUCAGGAGAAGCCCAGGGAUGUAUCAGCCGCCGAUUUGGUCAUCAAGAACCACCAGGGCAUCAAGGCUGAAGUCGAGGCCCGGAGCGACAGCUUCAAUGACUGCAUUGCCAUGGGCAAUGAGCUGCUGGCCAAAGGACACUAUGCUUCAGACAAGAUUGCAGAGAAACUGACCCAGCUCCAGGACCGGCGGAAGGAGAUCAACAACAAAUGGCGGGAAAAAAUGGACUGGCUACAAAUAGUCAUGGAGGUGCUGAUGUUUGGGCGCGAUGCAAGCAUGGCGGAGGCCUGGUUGUCCAGCCAGGAGCCCAUUGUGCGUUCGGCUGAACUGGGCGGCAACGUGGAUGAAGUGGAGAACCUCAUCAAGCGCCACGAGGGCUUCCAGAAAUCGGCUGCUGCCUGGGAGGAACGCUUUAUGGCCUUGGAGAAGCUCACGACGCUGGAAGAGAAUGAACGUCGCCGGCGUGAGCAGGAAGAGGCGAGGAAAAGGAGACCUCCGACGCCAUCCGCACCAGAACCUGCAACCGCGACACCUCAGGCUCUGCAACUGGAAGGGCAGCAGGCUCCCAGUGAUGCGAACUGGAGCCCUGGAGAGCGAGGUUUGUCUCUGGAGUUGCCCUCUCUGAAUGGGAUCGACCAUGACUCUGAAACCACCCAGAUUUCGGAGACAUCUGCUACGGUGAACGGAUCGCAGCUGGACUCAGGGUCCAAAGGCAAGGAGCCAAGCCCAACUCCCUCGCCAAAGCCCCGUUCAAAAACGCCAACCCUCGGCACCGAUCCCACCCAGUCGGCCACGUUGCCCCCGCGAACGCCGGAUCCCUCAGCCACAGAACAGAUGGAAGGGAUGCUGUAUCGGAAGCAAGAAAUGGAAUCACACGGCAAAAAGGCAGCCAACAGGUCCUGGCAGAACAUCUACUGCAUUGUACGGAAAGGCAACUUGGGCUUUUAUAAAGACAACAAGAAUGCCAGCAACGGGAUCCCGUACCACGGCGAAGCCCCCGUCAGCUUGCAGGGGGCACAGUGCAGCGUAGCUUUGGACUACAAGAAACGGAAGCACGUCUUUAAGCUCGGGUUAACAGAUGGAAAGGAAUACUUAUUCCAGGCAAAGGACGAGGCUGAGAUGAGCAGCUGGAUGCGAGUCAUCAAUGCCACGGCCGCCCGAGCAGCGCCAGCCCACGGCCCUCCGGAAGAGCAAGCGCCGCUCAUCAGCAAAGGAAUGACCCGGGCCCUGAGCAUGCCUCCCGUCACUUCCAACAGCGGCCCGGAAGGGACCGUCACCCUGCGGAGCAAAGAGACCAAGGAAAAGGACCGCGAGAAACGCUUCAGCUUUUUUAAGAAGAACAAAUAGCGGGGAGGUCGCCACGUACCUAGAGAGAGGGUCGGACUGGGAGGGGGCGGCUGGAUCUGUACAAACACCCGACUUCGGACCUCCGGGGCAGGGCACGGCGAGGGGUCUCAGGCAGGUUGGGCGCGGGGUGCCUGGGGUGCGACACACGCCUGGCGGACGUCCCGGUUCUUCGCCGUCUUCUCUUUGUAAUGCCGCCAAUUGCAUGAAGCAUCUCCAAACUUUGCAAGGAGUGCCCGGCCUCCUGCCUUCCCAUCCUCUCCCUCCUAAAAGAAAAGAAAAAACGAAACACAAACCA